UGUCAUAGUGAGACCUUGUCUCAACAGCAAUAACAAAAGAGGCAGCGAAGAGAGUGUUUGAAGGAGAGGGGAACGGGCAGCAUACUGCUUAUUGCUGAGGGGCAAAGUGAAGACCAAGGAGGGACUGCUAGGCUUGACAGCAUGGAGGCUGCUGGGGGCCUAGGCAAGUGCAAUAUUCAUGUGGUGUCAUUGGGCCAGAGGUGUCAUUGGAGGAUAUUCAAAAAACACUAGGGGAGGAGCUGAGCUUUGUCAGGUAUGUGGGAAGAUAGAUGGAGGAGAAGAAAAGGGGGAGUGGUGGUGGGCUGUCAGCUGGAGGAGUGAGAUAAGGACCAGGUGGGUGGCAGGUGGUGAGAGGACAGCAGCAUCAGUAGAUCGGAGUUCCUGGUGGUGUGAAAGUGCUGUUGGAGCUGAGGGUGAGCUAGGAGCACAGGGCUGAUGGCUGGCCUGUGGAAGGUUGGAAUUGAGAUGGAUUGCAGUGAUUUGUCAUGGAAGGCCUCUAGAUAUGACCAUGGGGUGAAAAUAGUAGAAACCAAGGUCAUCAGAAGGGAAGGAGGAAUUUAAGGAAUCAAGAGCCUGGGAUGUUAGAAGAAUCAUCCUCCUGGAGUCACCAAGAAUGAUGGUGAGAACAGUGGCCAGAAAUGUAAAUCCACAAGUGAGGGGAGGGGUCUCCUGUGUGUGUAGAUGCACAACAAAAAGAAGGUGCUAUAUAGUCUGAAGACAGAAACUCCAAACUGGGAGUUUAGGAGAAAAUUAUGUCAUGUGUAUGGAUUUACUCAGCAGUGAUUGUAAAGGACAUCUGGAAGGAUAAGAAUGUUAUGGAUAAAAACAUUCAAAGUUCCAGUGAUAGAAACAUCAUGGGUUUGAGGGUAAACUCACAACACUGAAGGAGGCUACAGUGUACCUAAGAAGUUGGUGUGAUGUGAAAGGAGGCAUCACUUACCAAAAUGGAUUCUUCCUCACAUGGGGCGUAGUAACUAUUAAACAGUUAGUGAGGAGAAAUUAAUUUCGAUCCUCACCGAAUACAGCACAUACCAAAAUAAAUCCAGAUAUUAAAGAGAGAAACAUUCUAAAUAAGUACACAAGGAAAAAAUAGAAUUGAAUAUUUACCAGACCUCUAGCAGAGAGAGUAUUUUUCAAGGUUAACAAGGCAAUAGAAGAAAUCACAAAGGAGAAUAACAGAUUUUACUCCAUAAAACUCCUACAGUAUAAAAAGGUAAAGAGGUGAAAUUUGCAGUUAGUAGCUGCAUUAUAUGUGUCUGUGGAGAUUGCUAAGAAAAUCCCUUCUCUUUUCUGGGCUCCCACCUGACCACAUAUUCUCUGUUCUAGGAUGUGGGCACUCCCCUGCUGUCCUGGUGUUUGCAUGUCUGCCCCUCCAGGACUCUCAGUUCCUAGAGAAAGUUGUUGUUUUCUUCAUUUUUGUAGGCACUGUGUUUAUGUUGUUAGACCCACUGCCCAAAACACUUCCCAGUAAAUAGCCACAAUAAGUCAGCAAAUCAGUCCAAAAAGACAUUAGGUAAGAGACAAAUGCUUUCACUAAUAAUCUAAUUCAAAAUUUAAAAUAUAAAAAUGUACUUAAUAAAUAAGUUGGAAGGGGAAAAAGUCAUCAUCCUCAAUGCUAAUUAAGGGAGUUUUGAAGCAAACAGUCUGCAUGUAGAAAUAUAAAACCACAGGGAUCUUGGAAAAGCAGUCUACAGUUUUAUGAGAAUCCAGACCUGUGAGGAUGCUCAGAUAUUCUGCCCAGGAUUUGUACUCUGGGGUAUGCGUCUCAGAGAAAUAAUCCAGAGUGUGGAGAGCGACACAUACACACGGGCCCAAAAAACUGGAAUCCAGUUAACCUUCAGUGUUAAAUUAGGUCAAUUAAUAGUAGUGAAUGCUCUCAACCACAUAGAAUGCAGGGCAAAAAAGGAAAGAAGCUGUGAAGAUCACAUAGGCAUUUAGAAUACAAAAUGUGAACCACAGCAUGUGAGACAAUGUGAAAAAAAACCUGUUAAACUGCCACUAGAUUUUUUUUAAACUAGAAAAAAAUACAAUAGAUAUUUGGAAUAUUUUUGCUUAAACCUCUUGUACAAAGAAAGCGCUUGAUAGCUGUUACCUUGCUGCUGUUUGUUUCUUCAACUCACCAAUCAUUCUUCUGUAUACCUAGCACUGCACCAGGCGCUGAGGUUAGAGAAAUAACUAAGACUGCGCCCUUCACCCCUGAUGGCAGGAUAGGCAAGGUUGGCACCAUCGUCACAGCGGACCCUCAUCGAUGCCUUGAUGUGAUGGAUGUAGCAUGGUCUCCCCAUGACGCCUGGCUAGCCUCGUGCAGCGUGGAUAACACUGUCGUCAUCUGGAAUGCUGUAAAGUUCCCAGAAAUUCUAGCUACUCUGAGAGGUCAUUCUGGCUUGGUCAAAGGGUUGACAUGGGACCCUGUUGGUAAAUACAUAGCCUCUCAAGCUGAUGACCGCAGCCUAAAGGUGUGGAGGACGCUGGACUGGCAGUUGGAAACCAGCAUCACUAAGCCUUUUGACGAGUGUGGAGGAACGACCCAUGUGUUGCGGCUCAGCUGGUCACCUGAUGGGCAUUACCUAGUGUCUGCCCAUGCCAUGAACAACUCAGGCCCCACUGCCCAGAUCAUCGAACGGGAGGGAUGGAAGACCAACAUGGACUUUGUUGGGCACCGGAAAGCUGUGACUGUCGUGAAAUUCAACCCAAAAAUCUUCAAAAAGAAGCAGAAGAAUGGGAGUUCUGCCAAGCCCAGCUGCCCGUACUGCUGCUGCGCUGUUGGCAGCAAGGACCGCUCGCUUUCUGUCUGGCUCACAUGUCUAAAACGGCCGUUGGUGGUCAUCCAUGAACUGUUUGACAAAUCCAUCAUGGAUAUUUCCUGGACUCUGAAUGGGCUGGGCAUCUUGGUGUGCUCUAUGGAUGGCUCUGUGGCAUUCCUCGAUUUCUCCCAGGAUGAGCUUGGCGAUCCCCUGAGCGAGGAGGAGAAGAGCCGCAUUCACCAGUCCACCUAUGGCAAGAGCCUGGCCAUCAUGACCGAGGCCCAGCUCUCCACAGCCGUCAUUGAGAACCCCGAGAUGCUCAAGUACCAACGGAGGCAGCAGCAGCAGCAGCUGGACCAGAAGAGUGCCGCAACCAGGGAGAUGGGCUCAGCCACCUCAGUCGCAGGUGUCGUCAAUGGGGAGAGUCUUGAAGAUAUCAGGAAGAAUCUUCUGAAGAAACAAGUUGAGACUCGGACGGCAGAUGGUCGGAGAAGAAUCACGCCUCUCUGCAUAGCACAGCUGGACACUGGGGACUUCUCCACGGCAUUCUUUAACAGCAUCCCCCUCUCGGGGUCCUUGGCGGGCACCAUGCUCUCUUCUCAUAGCAGUCCACAGCUACUGCCACUGGACUCCAGUACCCCUAACUCCUUCGGCGCCUCGAAGCCUUGCACAGAGCCUGUGGUGGCUGCCAGUGCCAGACCUGCAGGCGAUUCUGUCAAUAAAGACAGUAUGAAUGCUACCUCUACUCCUGCUGCAUUGUCACCUUCUGUGUUAACGACCCCGUCCAAGAUCGAACCCAUGAAAGCAUUUGACUCCCGGUUCACAGAGCGGUCCAAAGCCACGCCAGGUGCUCCUGCCCUGACCAGCGUGACUCCAACAGCCGUGGAAAGGUUAAAAGAGCAGAACCUUGUGAAAGAGCUGAGGCCCCGAGACCUCCUGGAGAGCAGCAGUGACAGCGAUGAGAAAGUCCCUUUGGCUAAGCCUUCCUCGCUGUCCAAGCGAAAACUUGAGCUUGAAGUAGAGACAGUAGAGAAGAAGAAGAAAGGGCGGCCUCGGAAGGACUCUCGUCUCAUGCCUGUGUCUCUGUCUGUCCAGUCUCCAGCUGCCCUAACUGCAGAGAAGGAGGCCAUGUGUCUCUCUGCACCAGCACUUGCACUGAAGCUGCCAAUUCCAGGCCCCCAGAGAGCAUUCACCCUCCAGGUCAGCUCCGAUCCCUCCAUGUACAUUGAGGUGGAGAAUGAAGUGACAGUGGUGGGGGGCGUGAAGCUGAGCCGCCUGAAGUGCAACCGGGAAGGGAAGGAGUGGGAGACGGUACUCACCAGCCGGAUCCUCACUGCUGCGGGCAGCUGUGAUGUGGUGUGUGUCGCCUGUGAAAAAAGGAUGCUGUCAGUGUUCUCCACCUGUGGUCGCCGUCUCCUCUCUCCCAUCCUCCUGCCGUCCCCGAUCUCUACUUUGCAUUGCACAGGCUCCUACGUCAUGGCGCUCACCGCUGCAGCCACACUGUCUGUCUGGGAUGUUCACAGACAGGUGGUUGUGGUGAAAGAAGAGUCUCUACACUCCAUUCUGGCAGGAAGUGAUAUGACGGUAUCACAGAUCUUGCUGACGCAGCAUGGAAUCCCAGUAAUGAACCUGUCUGAUGGGAAGGCGUACUGCUUUAAUCCGUCACUUUCUACAUGGAACCUGGUUUCUGACAAGCAGGACUCACUGGCUCAGUGUGCAGACUUUAGGAGCAGCCUGCCAUCCCAGGACGCCAUGCUGUGCUCAGGACCAUUAGCCAUAAUCCAGGGCCGCACCUCCAACUCGGGAAGGCAGGCUGCCCGGCUCUUCUCCGUGCCUCACGUGGUGCAGCGAGAGACCACCCUGGCCUACCUAGAGAACCAGGUGGCAGCAGCACUCACCCUGCAGUCCAGCCACGAGUACCGCCAUUGGCUCCUCCUCUACGCACGGUACCUCGUAAACGAAGGGUCUGCGGAAGAGGGAGCUGCUGAAGGAGCUGCUGCCAGUCAUCGGGCAGAACCUCCGAUUCCAGCGCCUCUUCACCGAGUGUCAGGAACAGCUCGAUAUCCUGAGGGACAAGUAGCCUGCCCCGGCCUGCCCUGGCUGCAGCAAGGGCAGGGCCACACUCUCGCCGCUGAUGACACGCAGGGCCACCUCUCACCUGACCAGGCUGUAGGGGGAGGAGACACUGGCAGGAGAUGUGCUGUCCUGCACCAGCGCCAGCCCAGCUCCCUGGGCAGAUGUGCCCUGUGUCCUGGGCCUGGCAUUGCCUCAGGAGGGGGAAGCUCGUCCCUCCCUCCUAGCCCUCUGUGUGGAGCUAGGGCUGGAGUUCUGCCCAGGUGCCCUGGGGCCAGCAAGGCACUCCCAGGCCUGCCGUCUCCAGCACGGCCCCAAGGUGGACACUAGCCCCUGCUGCUGCAGGUGCCGUGCUGCUUCAGCGGUGAUGAUUGAGCCAUUUGUGAGAGAGAAUCUGGAAGCGUUAGGUAUUAUGCAGUCAGCAGACUGACCUGAGACCUAUGUAAAAGGAAAGCUGUUCCAACACACGGACUAUUUUUGUACUAGAAUUUGCUAACUUGUAAUAUGGAAUUUCCUCUGGCCGAUAAUCAGGAUUUCCCUAUAAGUCACUUGGACAUUGGUCACUUGUAGGAAAUUUAAACUCUAAUUAUGACAGCUACACUGAAAAAUAAUUGUACUGAAAUUAACUUGUCUAUCUUCAUUUGGUUUUAAUUUUUAAAUGUUUGUAAAAAGAGACUGUUUUGGGGGAAUGGGGCAAAGGGGUGGGCGAUUUCUUUUGUAAGUGUAAAAUAAAUGAACACGCAUUGAAUACCAAA